CCUGGGCGAGUGUAUUAGAACAUUGAAAAUGAUUCUGGGGCUCAAUAGCCACAGAAAUAGGCCGGUGAUGAUGGCUCAGGAACAUCAGGCACUGCUUCAACAAUCAUAUAAUAUAAGGAUUCCAACCCAUCAUAUCACGCCAAAGAAUUGUCAAACUACUCAAGUUCAACAAACCUCCAAUUUAGUGUAUUUCAGUACUUGCAACACUAAAGAUGGUAUGGGUUGCCCCCACCAGUUCUUCGACGCCACCGGCGAAUAUAACGACCUCAACCGAUUUUUCGACGCCGCUAGCAAAUACAACUGCAUCACCGCCCAAAAACACUUAUUUCCAAACUAA